AUGGAUGCAAAGCCACUGCGGUUCCGAACGAUUGGGGACGAGAAUGCCCCACCGGUGGCUCUGCAGAACCAGAAGCAGACGGUCAUACACCAACGGAACAAGUCGAGCCCUGCUUUGGGUAUGAUGGCGCAAAAUCAUGCUGGUCGACGUGCUUUUGGAGAUGUUAGCAACAUUAAGGACAAGGUGCGGGCUAGUCGAGAUGACUCUAGCGUUGGAGGAAAGUCUAUGGCCACUGAAGUGAAAGGUCCGGGUUUGUCUCAGCCGGCUCAGCGGCCGACGUCCCUAUCGGGAAGCAGGGUCGUUCUCAAUAACAUAUCCACUCUCAAACCUAUGAAUCCUGCCGGCAAAGCUCAACCUGUUCACAAGUCCAAGAGGACCAACGCUGUCUACAAAGACCAACUUCACACUGUCCCCGAAAAGGAUACAUCCAAGGAAUCACGCACCGAUACAGAGAUCAAGUCCCGUCAGCCCGUCGCCGACGACAAAACACGCAACUCCGCUGCCAGUGCAGUCCACUCAAAGGUGCUGAGUGGGGAUCUUGCCAACAUCAUCGAGUCUGAUGCUACUGUAUCUGAGACCGAAGAACUCAAAGACCACACGCAAGCCGAGGAACCUGUUUCAGCGAUGUCGGAGCCCGAAGAAUGGGAUGGAGACGAAACCAAAUAUCACCUUGCGCCCUCCUACCAAACCGAUGGAACUACCGCUCGUCUAUUCCCGCGCAUGAGCGAUGUGACCUUCCGCCAGAUGAUGCAGGCGAAGGCUAUCGUGGAAAGCCAGCUGACCGAUGAAGACUAUUAUGAGGACCUGUUGGAUACCACCAUGGUUGCCGAGUAUGACUCCGAGAUCUUCCUUCAUCUGAGAAAGCGCGAGAUCGAAAUGCUACCCGUUGAAGAUUACAUGGCACGUCAAAGCGAACUUCAAUGGUCGAUGCGCUCCGUCUUGAUGGACUGGCUCGUUCAAGUUCACCAGCGCUUUAACCUGCUCCCCGAGACCUUGUUCCUCACGGUCAACUAUAUUGAUCGUUUCCUGUCCUACAAGGUUGUCUCCAUGGGAAAGCUGCAGCUGGUUGGUGCCACCGCACUCUUCAUUGCAGCCAAGUUUGAAGAAAUCACAGCCCCUUCUGUGCAAGAGAUUGUCUACAUGGUCGAUGGCGGCUAUUCCGUGGAUGAGAUCCUCAAAGCCGAGCGGUUCAUGCUCAGCAUUCUCAACUUUGACCUGGCAUGGCCGGGCCCGAUGAGUUUCCUUCGUCGUAUCAGCAAAGCUGAUGAAUAUGACCUUGAAACUCGUACCGUUGCGAAGUACUUCAUCGAGGUGGCGAUCAUGGAUGAGCGGUUCGUCUGCACCCCUCCCAGCUUUGUUGCGGCUGGGGCUCAUUGCCUGGCUCGUCUGGUGCUCGAAAAAGGCUGCUGGACACCAGCCCACGCCUUCUACAGUGGUUAUCUCUACUUCCAGCUGAUGCCGGUGAUGAGAACAAUGAUGGAGUGCUGUGAGAAUCCCUCACGCCACCAUUCAGCCAUCUUCGCAAAGUAUUCGGACCGCCGGUACAAGUGUGCUUCGUUGUAUGUCGAAUCCGAGUUUCAUUUGACCUUCGAGUUGCCCGAGGUCGAUGAUCUCAAUAAUCCGAAACGCUGGAAUGGGCUUGCCAACUUCUAA